AUGGAACUGCUAGCAAAGCAAAUAACUGCCCAAGCUCCGAGUACUGGCACCCCACGAGGCAGGAAAGAGGAGAAAGAAAGCAAAAGACUUGGAAAGGAGAUCGUGGGAGACAGACAAGUCAGGGCCCAGGCCAAUGUCGACAUCAGGACCCUCAUCAGCAAUGUGGGGGCUGGCAGACCUGUUCCAGCAGGAGGGCCUGUCUCCACCACCAUCACUGCUGCCCCAGCUGAGGAGAAGGAAGUGGAAGCAAAGAAACAAGAAUCUGAGGAGUCUGACAAUGACGUGGGAUUUGAUCUUUUUAACUAA